AUGCCCAGUAUCAACCCCCAACCCAGCUCGCCCGAGCAGUGGCAACAAUAUGCCCAGUCCGAUGCCAUCGCCAGUAUCCCAUUCACUGUGGCUCAGGAAGACAAUUCGGCUGUUGCGACCUACCGAGGCGUGUACCUGGACGAAUCAACCGUUCUGAAUGCAUCCAGCACCAAGGUCUACAUCUAUACCGACGUCUUUGCCUUUACUUCGUCUGAAAUCACCUUUUCUCCACCUUCCGCCGGCACGAUUCAGAUCGUUGCUCGAGUUCUCACAGCUCCCGCCCCAGUCAACCUCAAGAUCAACCGCCAGGGUACCAGAUGCACGAUCGCCUUGUAUGCCUCUGUUAUCGACCAACCGAUCAGCGUCCUGAGCGAAGGCUUUGGAACAAAGACCUUGCAACUUGGGCCCACUAGUGGCAAUCUUGGGGCCGUUGUCACUGUGACAGACAAAGAGAUCCAGGUCAGCUACCAGCCGACCUAUUUCAUCGAUAGCCAUGCUGCAUUUGAGGCUUGUCUUGAGACCCAGCUGCGAAUUGCUCUCGCACUCUUCUGGCAGAGUACCUCCAUCGCUAUCUCCCUGUGUGCACAUGUGACUACCAUGACCUCACAGUCUCCCAAAUUCCCUCUAGUCAAUGCCCAAGCAGUGGCUCUCGGCCAACAGCUCGCGGCGCAAACCAUCACAGGCCCGGAUAUGAGCUACCUGCCUACUCUGCAGGCGGACUCGUACAUGGACGCAGUUGAAAAGGCCUUAGAUGCCAUGCUAUCUUUCCAGGAGCAGUAUGAUCGCUUCCAGGACAAAGAUCAGGCAUGGCAGACCUUGGUCGAACAGUGGGAUGCCAUGUUAGACCAGGCUGUCGAUCAGAGAAGCAUGCUCGUUGUACUACGAGAUGCAGCGUAUUCCAAGUAUACCUAUGCGUGUGACACAGUUUUUUCGUGUUCACAACAGUUUGAAGCCGAUAAUGGCGAGCUCAUCCAGGCACAGGCGGCGUUUGAGGCAGGAUUGGCCGAGUGGCAGUAUCAGCAGAAGCUCAAGGCUGUGUUUAAUAUUCUGGAAACUAUCCUCAAAGUGGCGGUUAAUAUUGGCGAGCUCUGUCUUCUUGGUAUGGGAGGUGCUGGAGGGGCCGAAAAGGCCGUCGAAGAGGGAGUCGACGCAGUGGAAAAGGCAGAGGAGAUUGCAGACCAGGUGAGCAAGGAACUGUCAUCAGCCACUCUAAAGAAGCUGCUUGACUGUGUCAAGAUCCUUCAAACCAUUUAUCCCAAUAUCACCAAUAUUGUGACGGCAGUCAAAGCCCUAGAGAGCAAUCCCUCGACUGAUAUUCCCACAACGGGGGAUAUCUCCGGCAGCAACCAGGGUGAUGCGGAUGCAAAUCUGAUUGUGACUCUUGCUGCAUGGGAUGAAUGGGUGCUUGAAUCGGAUAAUCAGAUGCAGGUUGCGGUAGACAAUAAGAUAGGGGGCGCUGCCGGCUAUCGCCUGGCAUUGCGCAAACACGCCAUCAAUGGGAAGCAGCUCGCCCAGGUGCAGACAGAGGCCAUCAAGGCUGGCCAGCAGUACGUCCAGGCCGAAAUGAAUGUCCUUAAUAGCGAUAAGGACGUUGAACGGCUGCAGCAGCUCAGAGAUGGCUUCAAGGGCCAGGACGAGGUGUACCAGGAGGCCGCAGCCAGGUUUUACGAUCGGGUAAUGGCGAUGCGCACCAGUGUGGUCAUUCAACUGCGCAAUCUCACCUGGGCCUAUCGAUAUUAUGCUCUAGCUGAAAGCAGCGUCCAGCUGGACGCUACCAAGACCGUGGCGGAGUACAAGCAGGAUAUUUACAUUAUUGGCAGUGAGAUUCAAGCCGCUGAUGAGCAAUACGGCAGUGAUUUUCAGUACUUCGAAAAUCCCACCUCGUCGAGCGAGCUCCCCUCCAACUACGGUCCAUUAAUGAUUGAUGGCCUUCAGGGCUCAACUCACAGUAGCAGAUUCAUUCUUCUCCCCAAGACCAGCACGACCAAAGACAGCUUUGCCAGUGUGUUUACGGAUGGCACGCACUACCGCCUUGAAGGCCUGGAAGCGGAGCUGAAAGGGGCAAUGCCCAAUAAAGAUGCCCUCGAGAACGGUGUGGUUAUUGUCGUGCUUGAGAUCACCACUUCCGGGAUAUACCAGGACAUUCGGGAUGACCAAGUUUUUAACUUCACGAGCCUGCCCCAGAUCAAGCGGUACUCCUACGAACUCACCGAAUCCGGAAAAAAGGGAAAGGUUCAUGACAAGGCAAUCUUUCCGACCAUAUACCAUACCGAGCCAACACCGUUUACCCAAUGGACUAUCAAGCUGCUGUAUCCAGAUCGACUCGAUCUGACUGGGCUUGCGGAGGUGAAAUUAGAUUGGGCAGGACAUGUGAGGUAUCUAGCGAGCAAAAGGCUGAAAGAAUCAAAUUGAAUAGAAUAAAACUGAACCUGUGAAGGAACAGAUAUUCUAUAGCAUUUAUUCUACCUAAUCGUCAAUGAGAAACACUAGGUAUUGG